AUGGUUUUAAUCGAUGGCCAUGAGUUCCUCACUGAGGAAGAGAAACGUCUCAAGGAAGACCGCGAGAGAACCAAGUACUGGAAGAAAUGGGGUCCCUACGUCGCUGAGCGCCAAUGGGCUACCGUGAGAGAGGAUUAUUCCGAGGAUGGUGAUGCCUGGAGUUAUUUCACCCACGACCAUGCACGCUCACGGACCUUUCGCUGGGGUGAGGAUGGUAUUGCCGGUGUCUCGGAUACCCAUGCGCUGCAGAACAUCGCCUUUGCUUUCUGGAAUGGAGAAGACGAUUUCUUGAAGGAACGCCUGUUCGGUCUGUCCAAUCCUCAGGGAAAUCAUGGUGAGAGUGUCAAGGAAGCUCAUUUCCAUCUGGACAAUACCCCGACGCACUCGUAUAUGAAAUUUCUCUACAAAUACCCUCAGAGGAAGUUCCCGUACCAGGACCUUAUCGAUGAGAAUGCCAAGCGUUCGCGUUUGGAGCCUGAGUACCAGAUCUUGGAUACGGGUAUCUUUGAGGAGAACCGUUACUGGGACAUUUUCAUCGAGACUGCCAAGGAAGCCGAUGACGAGGACGAACUGAUCUUCCGUGUCAUUGCAUACAAUCGUGGUCCAGAGCCGGCGAAGCUUCACAUUAUUCCUCAUGUUUGGUUCCGCAACACCUGGUCUUGGGGUGAGGAAAAGAAGAAGGAGGAAAAGCCUUGCAUCAAGCAGGAUGGCGCAUUGCACGCCAAGUCCAACCAUGCCAAGAUUGGCGAGCGAUACAUAUCUUUUGCUCCGUCGCCUCCUGUCGGCUCAAGCGAUGACGAUAUCCAGCCUCAGUUGAUGUUCACUGACAAUGAAACGAACCACAAGAAGCUCUGGGAUACCGAGAAUGAGACUCCAUAUGUGAAGGAUGCGUUCCAUCGUCACAUUGUUGAGGAAGAGAAGGGUGCCAUCAACCCAGACAAUGAAGGUACCAAGUUUGCUGCAUGGUAUGCCUUCAACCAGGGCGAGGGAGUCCCCCUGAAGGAAGACUUUGUCGACGAAGAAGUCGUGGACGAUGUUAUCGAGCAACGUCGUGCCGAGGCCGAUGACUUCUACUACCGGAUCAACCCUCUCCCCAUGAGUGAUGAUCUUCGCAACAUCCAGCGUCAGGCUUUCUCCGGAAUGAUGUGGUGCAAGCAGUACUACAACUUCGUCUGGGACCAAUGGAGUAAUGGUGACCCGAGUGAGAUCCCUCCUCCUGCAGGCCGUAAGGGCAUUCGCAAUGAGCAGUGGCGUCAUCUAUACAUUGAUGAUAUCCUGUCGAUGCCUGACUCUUGGGAGUAUCCCUUCUUCGCUGCAUGGGAUACUGCCUUCCAUUGUAUUCCAUUGGCUAUGAUGGAUCCCGACUUCGCGAAGAAGCAGCUCGAUCUACUCACUCGUGAGUGGUACAUGCACCCUAACGGCCAGUUGCCUGCCUACGAGUGGAACUUCGGAGAUGUGAACCCACCCGUGCAUGCCUGGGCUGUGUUCCGUACCUUCAAGAUCGAGCGUAAGAUGUACGGUCGCCAGGACUUGGACUUCCUGGAACGUGUCUUCCAGAAGCUGUUGCUCAACUUCACCUGGUGGGUGAACCGCAAGGACUCGGGUGGUAAGAACGUGUUUGAAGGUGGAUUCUUGGGACUCGAUAAUAUUGGCUUGUUCAACCGCUCCGAGCCAUUGCCCACUGGUGGUGUCCUUGAGCAAGCCGACAGCACUGGCUGGAUGGCAUUUUACUGUCUGUGCAUGCUGAACAUCUCUUUGGAAUUGGCUAAGCACCGUCGCACAUAUGAGGAUAUUGCCUCCAAGUUCUUCGAGCACUUCCUGCUCAUCAGUGAUGCCAUGACUUUCCGUAAUGGAGAUGACACCGUUCAGUCGCUCUGGAAUGAGGAUGAUAGCUUUUACUACGAUGCCAUCUCAUACGGUGGCCCGUGGACCCAGCAGCUGCCUAUUAGGUCUCUUGUUGGUCUGAUUCCUCUCUACGCUGUGCUCACUCUCGAGCCUGAGCUUAUCAAUAAAUUCCCGUCGUUCAAGCGACGAGUAGAGUGGUUCAUUGAGAACAGGCCAGAUAUCGCCGAGCGCAACAUCGCUAGUAUGAAGCACCGUGGUAAGGAUGAUCGACUGCUCCUGGCACUUGUCAGCAAAGACCGUUUGGUCAAGAUCCUCGAGCGCAUGCUUGACGAGACUGAAUUCCUGUCCGAGCACGGUAUUCGUUCCAUGUCCAAGUUCCACGAAAAGAACCCCUAUUCCAUGGAUGUCAACGGCCAAACCUUCAAGGUCGCCUACGUCCCCGGAGAUUCGGACAGCGGUCUCUUCGGUGGUAACAGUAACUGGCGCGGCCCUAUCUGGCUCUGCGUCAACUUCCUGCUGGUUGAGUCCCUCCUCCGCUUCUACAUGUUCUAUGGUGAUUCCCUGGAAGUGGAAUGCCCCAAGGGCUCCGGCGACUACAUGCACCUGGGUCACGUAGCCGAAGAACUGCAGCACCGUAUGCAGCAUCUCUUCGCUCGCAACGACGAAGGCCGCCGCGCCGUCAAUGCCGGCUCAGACCUCCUCGACUUCGACGAGCACUGGAAAGACCAUCUCUGGUUCCACGAGUUCUUCGACGGUGACACAGGCCGCGGUCUCGGCACAUCACACCAGUGCGGCUGGACCGGAUUGAUCGCCAAGAUCAUCCACGACACAGGUGUCAACUGCCGUCUCCCGCAAACACCCCGCGCCGGCUUCGCUGCCGCAUCCCACUAUUUUGAUGAUAUCUACUCCCGCUCGGGCAGACCUCGCGGCUCAAACCGUCCAUCUAUCCGCCGCUCAUCGACGACUCGCUCAAUUGGCAACCGUAGUGACUUCUACUCAGGUGAAGCAACCCCUGCCGCCUCAACUGUCGUCGACGACGAAGAUGAUGAGCCCAGCUUCAGUCGCGGCGUCAGCCGUGGAGGUAGUCACGCCAGCAGCCGUCGUGGCAGCACUGACCCGCGCGACGAAGAACACAUCAACCACUACGUCGCUAGCCAACUGCAGCGUGUGCGCAGCUCCGCAUCGAUUGCCGCUUACGAAGAUGAGUUUGAGACGAAGGUUGACAAGGAGAAUGGAAAUGGACAGAACGGACACAAGUAA